AUGGAACGCGCCUUUCCUGUUCUCAUGAGCCCGGGCGUGGACGCAGUCAGGUCCCAGGAAGCUGUUGGCUUGGAAGCUGUAUCAAGGCUCUGGAUCCAGCAGGGAGCACAGGAUGGGAGUUUGGGCUUCCUUGUGAGCAAAGUCCGCUCACAGCCGCAAGUGUACACUGCGUACCUCAAUUCUGCGCCCAUGCGGAGCAAGGAAGCAACGGCAGAGUUCGAAGCUGCAGUCUUGCCCCUCAAGGGGACAGUCACUUUUGCGGAGCUGCAAGCAGCCAUAGCAAGCAGCAAAGCAUCAGCGGGCAGCGCAGCUUCUGGUACAGAUGCUGCCACAAUAGAGGCCAGAGAUGCUGCACCUCAUGUGGCACCCCCUAAGCAGCCCUCCCCAGCUCGGCAGGACCAGGAAAGUGCAUCAGGGUCAGACACUGACACGGCACAGCCAGCGAGCGCGAGAUUGGGCCAGUUGUGGGAGGCACAAUGGUCACGCCUGCCCAUGGGACAGGCAGCCAGCUCAGCCCCACAUGGAGCAGAUGCAAACAUGGCGGAAACGGAAGGUCCUAUGAAGGCACAUGCACCAGGCAGAAGACACCCCAUGGGCGAUGCUGGGCACAUUAGCGUCAGUAUGAGUGCGCCAGAGGCAGCAAAUGCAGCUCGCCAGCAUGUCAGCCAGCCAGACUCAGUAGCUGUGCGAUUGGAGAUUCAGGAAGCUUCAGAUGGGGGCGGUGCUUUUGUGACUCUUCACCUGGAUACCCGGGGAAGUGACCAAGCUGGCAAGGGCCUUCAGCAGCCCAGCAGGCAGUCCAGGCUUGCACAGCAGUUUGAUCAGGUCAUGCAGAGCCAAGCAUCGGCGGCAGCCCUGUCUGGGAUGCAGUCCCUGGCUGGUCUCUUGAAGGGUCCGAAGUGGACGAGGCAGGGGCCACCAAUUCCCACUGCUGCUCCUUCAAGCCAAGAGGAGAGUGCAGCAGAGGCAGCCCAGGACAAAGAGGGUGCUGACCGGGCGAUUACAUCAUCUCUGGCAUCGGAUGCAGCAGUGCAGGAAGAUGCUCCUGCAAAGCUCGUGGUAGUGCAGAUUUCUGCUUCGGAGGCUGGAGCAGAGCACGAAGCAAUCAUUCAGCCAUGCAGGGUGACACUGCGCAUCCUAGGGGAUGCAAGCACAGCAGCUGCAGUCCCAAUUCCUUCAGCGCCAGGAUCCGCCCCACAUGGCCGCCUGGGAGCAUUCUCAGGCUUGUUCCGCUCAUCGAAGGGCGGCAGCCAAACGCCAGUCACUGACCCGGGCAGCAUAUUGCCAUUGAGGGAAGUGGCCGCAGAGACAACGGAUCCUGAGAUUCCAGCUGCACAGAGCCUCGCAGGCGCAGAUCCCCAAGCGACCAGUACCACUAGUGACACCGCCUUGGCGGGACAGCGUCAGAACCCGGCGUGGGCGGUUGCAGGCGCAUUUGGCUCUCUGUACGGCUUUGUCAGCCACGCGGCAGACUCGGCAGUGAGGCCUGGCCAACAGGCGGGUUCCAAGGAAGCGCAUGCUGCCUCGAGCAACCGGGGCCCCGAGGCCAGCACUAGCAGCAGGGCUUCUGCAAAGCCACAGGGCUCAAGGAGCCCCAGAGCGCUGCCUACACCCUCCAAGCAGGAGGAAGAGGAGGCGGCUGCCGCAGAGGAGCUUGCUGGUGUGGGGCCAGCAGCAGACAUCAUGGGCCCUGGGGAUACGGAUCUGCAGAGGGUGUGCUCUGGCGUGGAGGCUCUGCUCAAGCACGGCCUCAGGCCGGCGACUCCCAGAGACAAAUGGACGCAGUACCUGCCUGGCCGCCGAACUGGUCCCAUGGACAUGCUGCAGGAGGCCCAGAGGCUGGCCACAGUGGAGGAGGGCAAGGGCUGGGGCCUGGAGGGUGUGGAAGCGCUGGCAGGAGGGCAUGGCAGCGAGGCGGCGCUGCAGAUGUGGAUCCGCAGCAGCCUCAAUGAGCGCGCCCUCGGCUCGCGGCUGCGCGCUCUUUGCAGCACACCGACCCUGCUGCAGGCCUGGUACUCCAGGAGCGCUGUGCUGAGGCAGGAGGAAGCUGCUGGGCAGUUGCUGGGCGUGCUGAUGGGCCUGGAUGCUGUCAAAGUACUCCUGCCUGUCGAGACAGACUCGGUAAAACAGCCCACGAGUGGACCUGUGGGAUUCUUGGCCGGCGUGACCAACUUCCUCCCAGGCCGCUACUCCACUGCUGCAGCCAGCCCAAGCGUCAAGGGACCAGCAUUGCCUCCCAUGACCUCCUCUCCAAAGAUGCGAAAGCGCACGCGCGCUGUGACGAUCGACGAGGCACUCCAAGAGCCCCGGCCGAGCGCGGCAGCCGCCGCCGCCGCAGCGGCCGACCGGUCUCCGGCCGCCUCCGAGCUGCUGCCGUCCUCCCUGGGAGCGCUGCUGCUGUCCCCCAUGUCCUCCGCAGACAUCUCAGCGGAGCCCCUCUCCCCCACAACCACCGCAGCAUUCCAGGCGCUGCGAGCGCGCCACCUGGCUGGCGUGAACAUGCAGGCCUCGCCCGAGGACCGGGCCGCAGAGUCAGACCUCCUGGCGCACUUGCUGCAGCAGGCGGGCCUGUCUUCUGAAGCAGCUCUGGCGCCAGAUCUGGCUGGCUUGCACUCGCGGGAUUAUCCGGGGGAGCCGGGGGUUUCGUUGAAUGGCACAGGGGAGGCAGGGGCGUUGGAGGAGCCUCGUCCGGAUCUUGCUGCGUUCCUGGACGACCUGCUGUCGACGCCAGAGGACAGCAUGUUUGCGCCGCAGCUGGGCGGAGAGCCGCUGCAAUUCGCCGGCGACCCCGGCAAGGACCCCCCGCCGUGGCAGCCGCUGAAGCCCCAGUCUCGAGGAAACACCAUUGCCGAGGCCCCAUCAACAUCUCGUGAUGCCGGCCCAGCCGCCGCCGGCAGCCCCUUGCUGGCCGCGCAAGAGGUGGCCUCCUACAACUCAGCAGAGGAGCGCAGGAAGGCCUCCGAAGCGGCUGCGGCGGCCAGCGAGAGAGUGAGGAGCAGGCUGGCCAGGAGGCGGGUGACGACGUCGGACGCCAGCGAACCGCAGACGCCGCCGGCUGCGGAGCCGUGGAGGCAGCAGGAAGACGUGAGCGCACUAUCGACGGCUGGAUCGACAUCCACCAUGCUGGGUGCUAGAUCGCAAGAGGGAGACUUCUACCGGCUUCUGGAUUCCGAGGAGCCGGCACCGCGCCGCAGCUUCCACCUGGACAAGAAUGAGCAGCUGCCACGAAGCUUCAGCAUAGCUGCAAGGGGAGAGCAGCUGCAGGCUUCCAAUGUGACAGAGCAGGAGGCUGCAGAGGCUGUGGAAGCUGUUCUGGAGAGUGAAAUUGCUGCACAGGAAGAAACCCAUCCACAUGACAGAGAUGCUCAGGAUAGCGAUGCAGAUGCUUCACCAAGCACCUCUGUUGAGGCUCCAAAUGCACUGAAGCCGGAGACGCCUCCUGAAGACCUCGUUGAGACGGCGCAUGCUCAUGGGGAGUAUGAGCAGCAGCUGACAGCAGACCCUGUACACCAUGCAUCCGUGCACAAAAUCUUGGAAGAUCAGCCCAGCGAGGAUGAAGCCAUUGCUUCAGCAGCAGAGCAGAACCCAGAGGAUCACACAGCAGCAAUCCCAUCACAUGAGCUCCCCGCUGCAGCACAGCCUGCACUGGCCCGGCAGGAGCCCUCAGCAGAGCUCAGCUACAGCGAUCUCACUUCGCUGCUGAGCACCCCAGAAGGUGAUGCACAGCCUGUGGAGGCUCCCAGCAGCGGUGCAGAAGAGGCCUGGCCAGCAGAACACAGCAGCGCGGAUGACAGCCCUGCACCACUGCCGAAAGCCGACCUUGCACAACUGGCGUUUGGGCAAGCAGGGCCUAGCAAAGUAGGAGGUGAGGCUGCUGAAGACUCAGGGGCAGGGCGGCAGCCGCCAUUGCCUCAGCCAAAUCCCCCUCCAGAGCCACACGGCGGGGAGGCCCAGCCAGCGGAGGGAACCAGGGGAGGAGCCUCCAGUGCAAGCACUGCAGCGGACAAACCCUCUCUGCAACCUGAGCAGGACGUGUCUCCGCCUCACAGCCAGCCAGAGGACACUCAGAAACCAGCAGAGGUGGCGCACUCAGAACCGCUGCAAGACCCGGCCCACCUCACACCACACACCGGUGUGAGGGGCGUUGCUGGCGCAGCCGGCACGGCAGAGCAGACGCCAGGGAGGCAGCCCACCGAGCAGCAGCAGGCGGAGAUAAGGGAAUUUCUGGCGAGCCAGGGGCUGCACAACAUUCUGGACGGCCAGCAGAUGGACAUGCCGGAGUUGCAAGGGGAGGACAUCGCAGACCAGCUGUCCCCUCGCGAGCAUGGCUCCCAGACAGACGCCAACCUUCUGGAGGACAUGAAUGAGAUCCUGAUGCUGGACUUGGGCGGGCUGGGCGGCUUCCGCUCGCCGCUGGGGUCUCCGCCGCGCGCCGGCAGCUCGCACUUUUCCUUCGACGACCCCCACCACCCCCCGCGGCCCCCUGACCUUGAACCCCUCCCGCCCUCCUGGCGCAUCGCCGAGGCGCGUCCCACCAAAGCUCCCUUUGUUCUGUUCAUGCAAAUCGCGCGGGUGGUGGGGGCGGCGACAGUGGCGGAGGGAACGGCGGAGUACACGCGGUACAGCGUGGAGGUGACGCCGUCGGAUGAGGGCGAGGCGUGGACGGUGCACCACCGCUUCAAGGACUUCAUUGCGCUGCGGUCCGCGCUGACAGCGCUCGUGGGCCCCAACAGCCUGCCCCAGUGCUGGGCCGACGUCAGCAAAGCCCGCUCCGUCACCGGCCGCCACCGGUUAGCGCCAGAGGUGGUGGCGGCGCGGCAGGCAAUGCUGGACAGGUGCCUGGUGUCGGUUGUGGCGGCUGGGCCGCCGCUGAGCGAGGCGCCGCCGCUGCUGGCGUUCCUGGCCCCGGCAGACCCCCACUGGGACCCCCCCUCGCAGCCGCCGGGGACGCUUGCGCGCGCCUUGCCGGGGCGCGGCCAGGACGCCGGUGCAGCUGCCGCGCAGCUGGCAAGGGCCGGCAGCGAGCACGCAUCCUCUGCUUCCUCUUCGGCGGAGGCCGGCAAUAGGUAUGGCAGCCUGGUGCGGCUGCUGACGGAGGAGCCGCAGAAGCUGGCGGAAGCCGACCUCAUCCGCAUGCAGCGCGGCCAGUGCGCCGCCUGCCGCGCGCCGCUGCCGCCGCCCGUGAAGCAGUCCAGCUUCCUUGGGGGCCGCUCCGCCGCAACGGGGCCGCGGCGGUGCGAGUACAAUGCGCGGCUGUACUGCCACGAGUGCCACAGGGGGGACCUCGCGGAGCUGCCAGCGCUGGUGCUCCACCACUGGGACUUCCACCCGCGCCCGGUCUCGACCAUGGCCGCCGACUACCUCGCCUCCAUCGCCGACCGGCCCCUGCUCUGCAUCGGCGCUGUCAACCCCGGGCUGUAUGCCCGUGUGCCGAUGCUGGCGCGCGCACAAGACCUACGCACGAGGGCCUGCAAGGCGCUGGCCGCUGCACGCGCGUCGGGGCCCGAGGGUGCAGACAAGGCGAAGCGGCUGUUGGCGGGGGCGGGGCCGCGGCGGUACCUGCUCGAGUCGCCGGACUUCUGGGCCAUGCGCGAGCUGGUGGAGCUGAGCAAGGGCGCCUUCUCGCGCCUGCCAGCCUGGCUCGAGGCCGCCGCCGCGCGCGCCGCCAGCCUCGCCACCUCCGCCCUGCUCAUCGCAGCCGCCGAGCAGCAGCAGCGCCCCGGCCGGCACUGA